CCUUCUUUGCAGACAGUUGAUGUCCGGCCACUAGCAGCAUUUAGACGAAAACAUUCACUCAGCUGCACGAAUUGAGCAGCGUCCAUGGCGUGUUUUUCAACGUGAAUUAUGUCCGGACUGGAACCCAAUCGCGUAUGAACGCUCGUUAAAUAGCAGUCCGGAGGUGGAGGAGGCGGAUUGGACUCCCUUCGGUAAGUUGGCGUCGUUCCCCCCGCGAUGGAGGCUGCUGACGGGACCCGCCAGGACCACCGCAGUGUCGUCCACCGCUCGUCGACGCUUGGUUGAGCAACGCAUGUUCGACCCAAACAUUGCGCACUCCUGUCUCCAUUAGUCGACAUCAUCCAGAACUUCUUGGUGGGCUCCAGAGACAGCGAGAAGUUCUAACGGGUGAACGUUAGCCCCCCUGGAGCACGAUGACCAGCAUAGACGUGACCUAAAGAGACAUUUCGUAUCAUUUGUUCCCAAAGUAAUUUGUUUUUUUAAAUUUGAAAGAGAACACGCAUCCCGUCCUAUCCUCGACCCACCAUGUCAGUCAAAGAGAACCCCUGUAGGAAAUUCCAAGCCAACAUUUUUAAUAAGAGCAAAUGUCAAAAUUGUUUUAAGCCUCGAGAAUCUCACCUGCUCAACGACGAAGACCUCAACCAGGCGAAGCCUAUUUAUGGAGGAUGGUUGCUGCUCGCGCCAGAGGGGACCAAUUUUGACAAUCCCUUACACAGAUCUCGGAAAUGGCAAAGGAGGUUUUUCAUCCUUUACGAGCACGGCUUACUCCGCUACGCUCUGGACGAAAUGCCCAGCACUCUUCCCCAGGGCACCAUCAAUAUGAACCAGUGCUCCGAUGUCAUCGACGGAGAGUCCAGGACGGGUCAGAAGAACUCCUUGUGCAUCCUAACCCCUGACAAGGAGCACUUCAUUCGAGCCGAGUGUAAAGAAAUCAUUAACGGAUGGCAGGAAGUUCUGACCGUGUACCCCAGAACGAACAAGCAGAAUCAGAAGAAGAAGCGCAAGGUGGAUCCGCCCACUCAGCAGCAGAGGGGGCAGUGUUUAUCCACCAAGGACAUGAAUGGACAUCCAGAACCGGGUCCGGCCAAGGUGACGGUGACCAGUGGCGGCGGAGGCAGCCUGCCCAGCGGCAUCGCCGGCGCCGAGCGCGUCCCGAUGAGCCGGGCCACUUUGUGGCAGGAGGAGAACCGCUGGAGUCGGGCCACCAUCCCCUGUAGCCGCAGCGCCUCCUGUCUUAGCCAGCUGGGCCAGAGCCAGCCCGACUCCACCGUCACUACUCAAGAUGAUGGUGGAAUGAUGAGCAGCGGACGCAAAGUACGGGUGGAGAGCGGUUACUUUUCCCUGGAAAAGACCAAGUCGGAGCCUUCUCCAAAAUCCGCACAGAAUUCCCAACCAGCGCAGCCACCCCAGCAACUCCCCCUGUCCUCGUCCACCUCCUCCUGUUCCUUAGGAGCUCCCGGUCACAGGUACAACUCUGAACCCGAAGGCCAAAUUCCCCCCUGUCCCCCCUCCCCAGGAGCCCUCGCGUCCCCUAGCUACUCCACCGUCAGUUCCUCCCAGAGCUCCCUGGACUCGGAACCCAGCGGCGCCACCGCCGCCUGGGAGGUCCGCGGCGGAGGGAGCGACGCUUGCGCCAAUAGCAGAGGGGGUCGCGCGGGCAGGCAGUACGCGGCGCUUUCGGACGUGCCGCGAGCGCGCAGGGUGACCUACCGCGAAGCCUUCCGUGCGGAAAAGAAGCAACAAGAGCUAAGAGCACGCACGCGGAGUCCCGGACGAGAAGAGGUGGCCCGGCUGUUUGGGGAGGAGCGCAGACGUUCGCAAGUCAUCGGCCGAUUCAAGGAGGAGCGGAUGGACACGAGCGGCUCCAGCGAACCGUCAUCAGACGUCACCCGCGUGCAGCGACAAGGCCGCAGCGAGAGACGCUAUCUGGCCUUCAAACCCGACACGUCGUCAUCGGAAGCCGGGAAUGAGCGCUCGGUCCCGGACGUGUCCGUCUCCACUUUUGCAAACUUAAGAAGAGCCAAAUCGCUUGACCGCAGAGUCACCGAGUCCUCCAUGACUCCCGAUCUGCUGAACUUCAAAAAAGGAUGGAUGACCAAGCUCUAUGAAGAUGGAAUGUGGAAGAAACACUGGUUUGUCCUCACAGAUCAGAGUCUGCGCUACUACAAGGACUCCAUAGCUGAAGAGGCUUCCGAAGUGGACGGCGAGAUUGAUCUUUCCACAUGUUACGAUGUCAAGGAAUUCCCUGUCCAGAGGAAUUAUGGCUUCCAAAUCCUGUGUGCAGAAGGCGCGUGCACCCUCUCAGCCAUGACCUCCGGAAUCCGCCGCAACUGGAUCCAGGCCAUUAUGAAGAACGCUCGACCCACCGUCGCCCCCGACGUCACUCGGAAAAACAUCUCACUGAAACUGUCGGUUCUGAAGCCCAGAUCUGUCUCCGAGGAGAAAAUACAAACGCAGGUGCUGCUGGAGCCGUGUCAACAGGUCAAGCCCGAGCCGAGCCCCUGUCCCGGCGGGCCCCCCGAUCCCGACGGCCCCAGGCAGCCCACGGACAACGGGGCCGCCACGCCUCCCUCGGAAGCGCGGAAAAGCAGAGUUCGCGAGCGCAGACGGGAAGGCCGCUCCAAGACAUUUGACUGGUCCGAGUUCAAAACCGAAAAGAAAGACAAGCCGGCCAACGAGCGAGCGGACACUGUCGACCACGGCUCGUCACUUUCCGCCACCGCAUCCCGCUGCUCCGUUUCCUCCUCCCCAGUCGCUACCUCGGCCCUGCAAACCCGCCGUGUAUCGGACGCCUGCCCCGCCUCCACGACAGAAGAUAACAACGCGAGCCACUUGCCGAAUCCCGUUCUGGUCACUUCCACCUUGAACACCGUCUCUCCCGCGCAACCGUCCUUACCUGAUCGACAAGAGCUAGGGCGGAUGGAGGUGGACCGCAACGAAGAUGGGUCGGGCGUGAAGGAGGAGAUCGAGCAGCGGUGGCACCAGGUGGAGACCACACCGCUAAGAGAGGAGAAGCAAGUGCCCAUCAGCACCACGACACACAAUUCCGACGCUGACAGACUGCCCGCGCACGAGUUGGCUGCACUGCUGGACAAAGAGUUGGGACAGAAGCAAAAAGAGCUGGACCAACUUCAGAGACAGAACAAUUUGUUAAAGGAGCAGCUGGAAGACGCGCUGGGAAGAGAGCAAAGUGCUCGAGAUGGCUACGUCCUGCAGAGUGCCACACCCCCCACCUUCUCGCCAUGGCAACACUUGCACAAGCUGAACCAAGACUUGCAGGGCGAGUUAGAGUCCCAAAAGCGCAAGCAAGACCUCGCUCACCAGCAGAUCAAAACACUCAAACGGAGCUACACCCAAGCCCAGAGCGCCGCCGACCGCCACGAGGCGGAUAUUCAAGCCCUGCAGUCCAAGCUGGCGUCCGCCUUGGCUGAAAUCUCAGCCAGCGAACAAGCCGUGGCUCGUAUGCGCAAUGAGCUCAAGCUGGAGCAAGAGCGAUCCAAGGAGCAAGAAGAGGAAUACGGACGCAGCGAAGCCACCUUGCGAGCCCAGCUCAAAGACAGCGAAAGCAGACUCCGUGAGGUGGAGGCCAGCCUUUUAGAGAGGAACCAGGCCCUCCGGGAGCUGGAGCACCAGCAGGCCCUGCAGCGAGACCACCUGAGAGAAAUCCAGAGGUUACAGGAUAAACUGCAAGAGGUGACCGCACGACUGGCCGCCACAGAAGAAGGGCAGGCGUUGAAGGACGAGCGCCUGAGAAAGGAGCAGCUUGGCCUUCAAGAAUGCCACGAGAGGGAAAGACAGAAUCUGUGCAGGAGGUUAGCUGAAGCGGAGAGCACGCAGAAGGAAAUGGAGGUCAGACUAGGGGAGGCCCAACAGCAGGUGGAGGCCCUGUUAAGGGGCCGGCGGGGCUCGGCGGCAAUCGAGCGCAAUGAGGAAUUGCUCAAGUUGCAGGAAGAGCUCACCCAAAAGAGCAAUACGUCGGAGGCCCUGAGAGAGAGCGUCCGUCGACUGGAAGAAGAGAGAGCUCUGCUCACGCGCCGUUGUCAGGAGCUCCUCAACCAGAUUGCCGAGGCGGACCGGGAGGUCAACAAACUCCGCGAGCGCCUCCGAGGCGAAGAGGCGGAUUAUUGCUCUCUGGAAAACUCGUACGAGAGGGCCACCCGGGAGUUUCAGAGGAUCAGCCAAUUCCUCCGGGAAAAAGAGGAGGAGAUCCGUCAGACUAAGGAAACGUACGAACGGCUGAUGAAGCGCAAAGAGGAGGACUUGAAAGAGGCUCUGGUUAAAAUGACCGCGCUGGGCAACAGCUUGGAAGAAACGGAACAGAAGCUCCAAGCUAAGGAGGAUCUUCUCUGUCGCAUGACGCAACCGGUCGAGCCCGACGGCGCUGAGCAAAAUCUAAAAGCCAAGCUGGCGCUCGCGGAGAAUCGCAUCGCCGAACUGGAGCGGCACCUCGACGCGCUGCAGCUCGGCUACGCCGAUCUCCAACUCAGGAGGAAACACGUCCAAGAACAGAGCCCGCGGGGAAGUUUGAUUCCAGAUGAGGAGAGCCCGCAGUCCAAAACAGAGGACGCAGACGAGGAGUCCCGAGCCAAGAAACCGAGAAUCCGUUUUUCCAAUAUUCAGUGCCAAAAGUAUAACUACCCGGACGAUUGCCAUAACGAUGAUGUUAACCAGACAGACUUUGAUUCCACUCCAGCACUUUGCUCCCCCGAUACAGCCUUCCCGCAUCCCAGUGAUUCCGAGAAGUUUAUCUCCAUCGUACGUGCCCUGGAAACUAAACUGCUUGCCACGGAGGAAAAGCUCAAAAAUCUCACUCGAAAUCUCCAGGAGCGUCGUUCCACACACGCCGAAGAUCAGAAGACGGUCCAAAAGGAUCCUUUAGGUUGCGACCACAGCGGCGGCUCUCAGAUAACGGAUCCUUACGCCAAGGCCCUCCUUUGCGUGGAAACGAGUCGGCAGAAAGUCAAGGCCUUUUUGUCGGGCUCUCACGAUAACUCUGAGUCACAGCUUCACUCCUUGUCACAAGUGGAGAAAGAACUUCUCAGCGCAUCGGCGUACAUCCGCCACGGCCAGAAGACCUUGGAGGAAGUGUCGCUGUACGGCCCUCAAAUGCAGACCGCGGAAGCUUUGGAUCAAGAAGCAAUUCACCUCUUUGCCAAAACGCUGUCUUUCGAAGCGCUCGUUCUGAAUAAAAUGGCCUCGCUUCUCCAGACGUCCGAGUCGGACCUUCUCCAAACGCUAAGCGCCGUUUGGGAAGACGCGGAGGACAUUCAAAGCGCCGAUUGUUUAGCAAUCGUUUACGCCGACGUCUUGAGCAGAAAGUUGACGUUAGAGGCCGAAUUGCGGAAAGAGCCGGAGAGGGAGGCGACACCCCGGGACGGCGCCAAAUCGCAAGACGUUACGGCUGAGCCGGACGUCAAUGCCACAGCCGUCUUUAAUAGCGUCAUCAAAGCAGAAGUGUCCUACUCCAUUCGAAACCUGAAGCUCGGCUACGAAGAGAAAGUCCGGCUACUUCAAGGGCAGCUGGCCGAAGCCCACCGCAAACUCCGUGAAAGGGAAACGGCCUUGAAAGCCAUCAUCGACGCAUCCAAGAGGUCCGAUUUAAAAAGCGUGAUCAAAGAAGUCAAGAGCAACUUUGGCUCGGGCAAACAAAAGUUAGCCGACAUCUGCCCGCCCGAACUGGCGCCGUACGCCGAGCAGAUCCAAUCGCAGGAAGCCCGCGACCUGGCCGAAAAAAUCCUCGAGCGCCAUCUGGACGGCGUCGACUCGGCCGAGUCUCUUCAAAGCGCCCAUCGCGGCUUGGCCGCCGAGCUUCGACAACAAGCGGAAAAGCUCCACGAGUACGCUCAAGAAAUACAAAACACCGGGAAGCACCCCGAGCUGGCCAAAAUGCUCUCUGCGCUUUUCGGGCCCGGGACAUCCCACCUUUUCACGAGCACGUCACUUUGCAUGCGCGAAGCUCUCAUCCAGGCUCAGGUGGCCUACGUGGCGUGCAGGCUGCGAUGGGCUCACCGACGAAACGUGGCCCGCUGCGAGCGGACGCAGCAGAGCAUGGACGCUCUGGUGCAGCAGCACGCCCGCAGCGUCAGGGCCAUUCAAGAGAAAUACCAAACAUCUCUCCAGCGGGAGCGCCACCACUUAGAGCAGGCCCUGGAGCAGCUCCAGAAGGAGAACGCCACCCUCAAGGAGGAAGUGGGCCAACGUUCGACACAACUGUCAAAACAGCAAGAGCAGCUGGCCCAACUGGGGGAACAUUUUCACAUCCAAGUGGAAGAGCUGGAGCACAAACACCGGGAAGAGCUACGCCGAGCUGAGAAAGACCACACCGCGACAGAGCUGGCUCUCUCGGAGGCGGCAGUGGACAGCCGGCAACAGCUGAAGGACCUGCUGGCCGACAUGGACGUCAUGAAGGAGCGGCACCAGAGUCACGUCAAAACGAUCCAGGCCGACUUUGAGCAGAGAAUCGCCGGGCUUCGGCGGAUCUACGAAGACCAGAUUGUCACCGUGCGGUCUCCGAUGGAAGAGGAGGAAGAAGGCGGGGCGGCCAAGUCCGAGGGGCAGACCGUGGUUCUUCUGAGGGACAGGAUCCAGGAACUGGAGACUCAGAUGAACACCAUGAGGGACGAACUGGAGAGCAAGCACCUGGAAGGAGAUGUGGCCAGCCUGAGGGCGAAAUACCAGCGAGACCUUGAAAGUCUGAAGGCCACGUGCGAGCGCGGCUUUGCAGCGAUGGAGGAGACCCACCACAAGGUGGUUGAAGACCUCCAAAGGCAGCAUCAGAGAGAGAUCUCCAAACUGAUGGAGGAACGAGAGAGGCUCCUGGCUGAGGAGACUGCUGCUACCAUUGCUGCUAUUGAAGCUAUGAAGAAUGCACACAAGGAGGAACUGGAGAAGAACCAGCGCUCCCAGCUCAGCGGCCUCAACUCUGAUAUUGAUGAACUUCGAUUACAAUACGAGGAGGAGCUGCAGUCCAUCCAGAGGGAGCUGGAGGUUUUGUCCGAGCAGUAUUCUCAGAAAUGUCUGGAGAACGCCCACUUGGCUCAGGCCCUGGAGGCCGAGCGGCAGGCCCUCAGGCAGUGCCAGCGAGAGAACCAGGAGCUCAACGCUCACAACCAGGAAUUGAAUAAUCGUCUGAGCGCCGAGAUCACGCGGAUGCGCUCGUCUUUCAGCGGCGAGACGGCGCUGUCGCCCACCACGCAAGGCAAAGACGUCUACGAACUGGAGGUGCUGCUUCGGAUCAAGGAGUCCGAGAUUCAGUAUCUGAAACAGGAAAUCCACUCUUUGAAGGAUGAGCUGCAGUCGGCGCUCCGGGACAAGAAGUACACCACGGACAAAUAUAAAGACAUCUAUACGGAGCUGAGCAUUGUCAAAGCAAAGGCCGACUGCGAUAUCGGAAAACUGAAGGAGAAGCUGCUCAUUGCCACCGAAGCGUUAGGCGAGAGGAGCGUGGACGGGACCGUUACUUCAGGAUACGACAUCAUGAAAUCCAAAAGUAACCCUGACUUCACGAAAAAAGAACAAACGACAAACUCCAAGCCAUCCAGGGGUGUCAGGUCAAAGUCUGUCACUGGACAGGUGUCGUGGGAUAGCUGACACUCCUCAUGCGGGUCUUAAGCCCUCCCCCAAAACUCGCCCGUGAGACACCAGCCUGAAAGAGGGACUGAGCGUGCAAGAGCGCAUGAAGCUGUUUGAGGCAAAAGAUUCCAAAAACAUCUGAAUACCACAACCCCGAAGCUUCUCCUCGCUUCACCGGCACUUGUUUUUAUAAUAUCCUUUUUUUUUUGCCAUGAGCUCAAUUUAGGACAGGUGAGAGUGAAAGGUCUGCUUUCAAGACAAAAAGCCUCUGAUUUCCUAAAAGGCAAAAUUUUGCAUGUUCAACUAAACAGUCUUACUGGACUGAACAAACAAGUCUCAUAGUGAAAAAAGAAAAGAAAAACGGUCAUUUAAGUUGGGGAAGUGCAAAAUAAGCUGUGAGCGAUACAUGGCAGCAUUUUUAACCCCCCUUCCCAUAUGCCAAAAUAAAUUACACCCCGAAAUAAUAUAUACAGUAUAUAUUUCCUGACAUUAAUAAUUUGUCUGCUGUAAUUUAUUCUUAUUGUUACAAUUUCUAUAUCGGAAUGAUUUUAAUGUGUUUGGUGUACUUAACUACUUGAGAUUCAGUAUGUAAGCGUGUGGUUUGUUCUGUUGACUGAGGCAUCUGCUGUAAUAUCUAUUUGAGUUUGUGGAAUUUUUGUGAUGCUUAUAUAAGGUUUUGUAUUUUUUUUUUAUCCAAUAAAUUGUCUGUGUGAUGGGGUAGGGAAAGGUUGAACAUGGCGAUUGGCUGACGCUUCAAUCUGGGAGUCGUCUGUAUUUAAAUUUGUGUGACAAUACAUGUUUGGCAUGAUUAUAUUGAGCACGCGGCCUCAACUUCCUAUUUUGACACUUAAGUGCGUAACUCUCGUUACAUAAGCUCUGCUUUGCAAGUCCUACUGUUUCACUGUUACUGUGACCUGCAAUUCCCAGAAGCACUUGGCCCGACCCCUGACCUCUCGUUUGCAUUCUAAUUGUGCCUCAACCCAGUGGAAAAACACAAACCACUCGUAAUGAAUCCCAAUACAUAUUUAAAUAAACAGAAACGUGCAGCUAUUGAAACACACUGUAUAGUAUUGAAAAUGCUUUUGAGAUAUAUAUAUAUAUAUAUAUAUAUAUAUAUAUAUAUAUAUAUAUAUGAAAUAAAUGUUUGGAAAAUUCCAAUAGUUUUCCCCUGUGAUCUGUCACUCUCUUCCAAAAGGUCUUCAAAGAAGAGGAAAGAAAUGCAACAGCAUUUAGCCCUCAUCACGAUAGAAGGAAUUGUUAAUUGACAUCCGAGCAUUGUGGAAAUAUAAAUUGAAAAUCAAUCUGUUAGCAGACUUUUCCUUAUUCAUUCCAGACAACAAAUAAGAAACUGAAGCUGUACAACAAUGUUAGUGUUUCUAUUUUAAAAGUAAAACAACCAUGCAUUUCACCAUGUGUUAUAUCUGCUUCCAAGGUAAAGACCCAAUGAUUGUCUCACACACACACACACACAUCUGGGUGUGGUGAAAUUUGUCUCUGCAUUUAACCCAUCCCCGAAGGGAGCAGUGAGCAGCAGCGGUGCCGCGCCCGGGAAUCAUUUGGUGAUCUAACCCCCCAAUUCCAACCCUUAAUGCUGAGUGCCAAGCAGGGAGGCAAUGGGUCCCAUUUUUAUAGUCUAGUCAGCAGUAGUUACCAUGACAGGUCACCUGGUGGCGCUAGUGUGCAAAGCGCCGUUGGACGAGCAGGCGAAGAAGAUUUUAAUUGACGGAUGUGACGUCAUAUCUUCAGGUGACCUGGAGACGGGUGUGCUAUUUGGCUUUGUUUUCCCUGACAAUGGAGGAUAUAAUCUCGAAAAUAAGAAAUUAUUCAAAACUUGACUUUCAGUCAAAGCAAGAAACCAUAAGUAAGGGAAGACCAACGCCUGAUUUGCGAGGAUUAAUUCAAACUACGGGCCUCCCGGGACGUUCGUUUCAAAAGGAUUGGUACUCUAAAAAAGACUGGCUUUGUGGUUGUGCUGCCAAAAAUCGACUUUAUUGCUUUCCCUGUCAUCGAGAUCUUCGUCCAGAAGGACAGAAGAAUGGACUUCAUUUACAAGUAAAGACUGGAGGCUCCACGUCGGCUGCUGGUCGUCUAUCUACAUAUUUCGAAAGAGUAAACAAUCACAACAAAGUAACAAGUUGAAUGGCAGUCUGCUUGUCGGCCGGUGCGACGAGUGGUCGGCCGGUGCGACGAGUGGUCGGCCGGUGCGACGAGUGGUCGGCCGGUGCGACGAGUGGUCGGCCGGUGCGACGAGUGGUCGGCCGGUGCGACGAGUGGUACGCCGGUGCGACGAGUGGUACGCCGGUGCGACGAGUGGUACGCCGGUGCGACGAGUGGUACGCCGGUGCGACGAGUGGUACGCCGGUGCGACGAGUGGUACGCCGGUGCGACGAGUGGUACUCCAUGCCUGGACCUGAGAGAAAAAGAGAUUGCGGAGGGCUCUUCAGGCAGCACAGAUCCAGAUGAACGAGCUCAGAAGCUGAAGACAAAUUGUGGCAGGCUUUUCACUUUCUGGACCUGGAUUUGCCACCUCUGCCUGGAAAGAAAAAGGAAAUUGUCACAAUGACUCCAUUUAUGUUUACUGCUUUUGUUUUUUACUGUAGAGUGGAAGCAGCUAGUUGCUGUUUCACAGGCAGAGUUCCUGAAAUGUUGUAAAAAUUCUCCAGGAUGGAUACCUGCACACAACACAAACCAAUCAAGCUGCCAUUUAGUACGUUUUAUUUGUGUGUCAACUCUGAGAAUGGAGACAACCUGAAAGUACCUCUGCAUGGCUUUGGAGGGGUUUUAUCUUUGGCCAGCAGGUAGCGGAUGUUCCAACUGCAUCUUUACUGGAAAGUGCUCUGCAGGAAGAGGGAGGCAUAAAAAAUAAAGCGGAUCUUCACCAUGCUACAGAAACUAGGUCCUUUGGUCCCACCUGGUGGACAAAAGGAGGAAGAACAUGCUGAAGUGUUUGACAUGUGUCAAACGUUUGGACACGUGCGUGUUUCACCAGUGAUGAAUGGAGGGCAGCACCGGACGUCUCUCCAACUGCAGCUCGCUGGUCUGAAAGACACGGUAACGUUACAACCAUUCUGCUUUUACAUUUUCAGCCUAACAAGCAAAUUGAGCAAGAGUAGACCUGCAAGUGUCCCAUGAAGCCAUGCGAGGACUGCAAGGUGGCCAUUUUGGACCCUGCAAACAAAACAAAAAGAACAAAUGUUUGCUUUAGUCAAUUUGACAAGAUGCCUUGCUAAUAAACAUAUUUUUGCCAUUUUGCAGUCACCCUGUUCCCUCGGUUCCAGAUGCAGGCCUGCCUGGGGACAGAAAUGAGAAGACAAUUAGAAGCAGUCGAUUGAAAGAGUUGACUUUAAAACUCACAAAGUCAGUCGGCCAUGACAGGCUCGUUUUGAGGGUUUGCACCUGCAGACAGAAAGUCGAAUAUUAAUACAAAUUCAUCGAAA